AUGGUUAAAGCUGUUGUUCUCGGAGCCUCUGGUGGCAUUGGCCAGCCUCUUUCCCUCCUGCUGAAGGCUUCUCCCCUCAUUGACGAGCUUGCCCUCUACGAUGUCGUCAACACCCCCGGUGUGGCUGCGGAUCUCUCUCACAUCUCCUCGGUGGCUAAAAUCACCGGCUACCUGCCCAAGGAGGAUGGUCUGGAGAAGGCUCUGACCGGUGCUGACAUCGUUGUCAUUCCUGCCGGUAUCCCCCGCAAGCCCGGUAUGACCCGUGACGACCUGUUCAAGAUCAACGCCGGAAUUGUCAAGACCCUGGUCGAGGGAAUUGCCAAGUUCUCUCCCAAGGCUUUCACCCUUGUCAUCUCCAACCCCGUGAACUCCACUGUGCCCAUCGCCGCCGAGGUCCUCAAGGCCGCCGGUGUCUUCGACCCCAAGCGCCUGUUCGGUGUCACCACCCUGGACGUUGUCCGCGCCGAGACCUUCACCCAGGAGUACUCUGGCAAGAAGAACGCCUCCGAGGCUACUAUCCCCGUCAUUGGUGGCCACUCUGGCGAGACUAUCGUCCCCUUGUUCAGCAAGGUUUCCCCCAGCUUCCAGAUCCCCGCCGAGCGCUAUGAGGAUCUCGUGAAGCGUGUCCAGUUCGGUGGUGAUGAGGUCGUCAAGGCCAAGGAUGGCGCUGGUUCCGCCACCCUGUCCAUGGCCUUCGCCGGUUUCCGAUUCGCCGAGGCCGUUCUCAAGGCUUCUCAGGGUGCCAAGGGCAUUGUUGAGCCUACUUUCGUCUACCUUCCCGGUGUUCCCGGCGGUGACGCGAUUGCUAAGGAGACCGGUGUUGAAUUCUUCUCCACCCCCGUUGAACUCGGACCCAACGGUGCCGAGAAGGCCAUCAACAUCCUCGACGGUGUCACCACCCGUGAGAAAGAGCUCCUCGCCGCUUGCAUCACUGGAUUGGAGGGCAACAUUAAGAAGGGUGUUGAGUUCGCUCAGAACCCCCCAAAGUAA